AUGGGUCCUCAACAACAAUCAGUCUACAACUACUCUCAGCAAAUGGAAGCAAUGAAACAAACUCCAAUCUUUUCUCAACAAAAAACUGCUACAACUAGUGUUGUCUCUACCCCAAUCUACAAAGAACCACAUAUUCUGGACCGUGAACCUCAUAUUCACCUUGCCACUCCUUUUGACAAACUUGAAGUCCUGUGUGAAUCGGUGGUAGACUUUGACAACAUGAAGCGCAAUAGAAUAGACCUCAUUGAGGAACUGAGAAUUAAGUCUCUGCCUCCUCCUUCUCGCUCUGUCAAUUUAAAGAAAAUUGCUUCUUCUUUCCCCCAAAUCACACUCAUCUAUACUCAAUCUGAAACCCCACCUUCUACCACUAAACCCUCUGAUACUCCAACCUCUAACCCACAGUCACCUCCGUUUCAAAAAUUCAACCUCUCCACUAUAACCCUACCAGUUUCUAUAGUUGAAAUGCUUAACAAUCCUAUCUCACCAAUCUCCUCCACACCUUCAUCUCCACCCUUCCACGUCGUAUCAUCAUACUCAGAACCUUCUGACCCUCAAUCCCCUACACUAGCUCAGCUUCAGGCACAUGCUCUUGCCUCUCAACCACAACCUGACCCAGAAACCAACACUCCACCAUCUGAACAACCACAAACACCACCAUCUGAACAACAAAAAAAUCCACCACCUGAACAACCAACACCACCACCCUCUAAUACCCCCACCAUACCACCCUCUGAAGAUAUCAUCUUCCCUACCCCUAAGAAUCCCACUAACACCACCCAAACCCCACCAUCAUCCUCAUCCCCCAACUCUGAACCAGAACAUACCUUCCCCACCUUAGAAGAAGCAAUCACUUUAUUUGUUGAGUCUUCAGUGGAGAAGAUCAAGUCUCUAUCUGUAAACUCUAGUAUCAGUGAUGAUCCCUCUAAAGCCUCUCUGAACAAGUCCAACGACUUUGUCAGAGAUGCUGGAGCAAGGCUACAUGCUCGCUUGGUCAGUGAGGACGAGGAAAAGGCCAGAAGAGAAGCAAAAGAGAAAGCUUUCCUGGAAGAGGAGCAACAAGUUAGAGAAGCUGAAGAUAAGGGUGCUACUGAAGUUGUUGCUGCUGCUGAAGCUGAGGCAAAAGCAAAAGCCGAAGCUGAAGAAGCAGCACACAUUGCUGCGGAGGAAGAUGCAAAGGCUAGUGCUGAUGCUCUGACUCAGGGGGAGAAAUCUAACUCUAGAAGAACUGCAGAAGGAGCAACAGAUUGUGCGAGCAAGAUUGGAUCAACAGGACUCCGUCAACAACAACAUUCAGAACCUGCCGACUCAAUUGCUCCAAAGGAUGCCUCCUCCUCCAAACCCUUAGGAACUUAG